GAUAAGGAGUGAUGGUUGUAAAGGACUAGUGAAAUGAAGAAGAUUGGUGGCCGAAUAAUAGCAACAUGGCCAAGUGCAGCGUGAGGUCCAGACAUUCGACAGCCAUGGUAAAAAUCACAAGUUUCGUUUCAGCAUUCCAUCUAUUUACUGUUUGUGGAGCAGUGACACUGGCCACACCCAAAACAACUCAAGUGACCGUAGGAGAACAAGUCCUGUUCCAUGUAAAUAUCCAAGGUGGAGAUUCGUAUGACGUAACAUUUCAUUCCAAAAACCCAAAUACUCUUAUUGCAGUGUGGACAAUCAACAAUACGGUAAACCUAAAGAGUGCACACUUACUGUAUGUAGGCAGAGUGCAAUGGAAUGAGAGUGGUUCUGUGGUGUUAUACAACGUUCAGGUCAAGGACAGUCGCAAAUAUAAAAUAGAAAUCAACUACCAAAGCACAGGACUGAAAAACAAUGACGAAGCGAGUUUUGAACUGCGCGUGUUUGAGCCAGUUUCCCAGCUUGCUGUGAAAAUUAUCGAUGACUGUACAACGCCAAAUAUCAUUCUCAACUGCUCGACCUCUAAAGGAACAAAUGUCACAUUUCAUUGGCGAAAAGAAUCUUUGUCUGGAGCCAUUGAUAGUGCAUUCAAUGGGACACAACUAGUGAUAGACCUUGGUAAUGAAGAGGAACAACAAGUAUACAGAUGCAUAGCAGAGAACCCAGUCAGUAAUGCAAAGAGUGAUCCAGUGAGGCCUGAGCCGUGUCAUAGAAAUAAAAAUGGUUUGUUCUGGAUAAUUUUACUCGGUCUUAUACCAGCAGUGUUGGUCUGGGUCUACUAUUCAAUCAUCUCCACAAAAGCAGGUAGAGCAACACAGGAACAUAGUGAACAUCCAGAUGCCUUGUCAAAUGGAUUUGUUGAACCCACAUACAUUACUCUACUAAAUCCAAGAAGAACAUCAGAAUAGAGAGCCUCCAAAGUACUUUGAAAUGAAGUCAGAACUACCCAUAAAUAUUUUGUCUUCCCAGUUCUACAUUGUACGGUCUGUAAACUCUAUUGUCUUGUGAAGAACAACUGCUACUUCAUGUACAUAUUCUCAGAGGCAGCAGUACAGGCAUUUUGAAGCAUGACCCAUGUAUCUUCAAAGUGGUUAACUUUCAUUCGUUUAAGUCAUCACUGCAAUCUUACAAUUUAAAGCAGCUUUCUCUGUGGGGAACCUUGGCUAUCUUAUUGGAUAAUGUGCAUAUCAAAUCUUAAAUCAGAAUAUUAGAAAGUCCAAAUGGGUGCUUUUGGAUUUAAAAAGUGGUUCACUGCCAAGUCAACAUGCUACAGGGUGUAAUUAGUAAGAUCCUGCACUUUCAUUAAGUUUAAUAGUAUGUUUAGGACUCAAGUGCGCAAGUCUUCUACAUUUUUAAGUUUAUCACAAAUGGAGGAUUUAAUAUGCAUAAGUGUAAGGUAGUAUAUUUUGGGAGGAAAACAAGAAAUGAGAGCAUGCACUCAAUGGAAAGAUGCUGAAGGAUGUGGAGACCUAGACGCUCAAAUAUGCAAGUACUGGUAGAUACAACCAUUAAAAAGCCAACAGCAUUUAUAAAUAGUGGCAUAGAACACAAAAGUAAACUAGUAAUGAUAAAUUUGUACAGAAUAUCAGUUAGGAUGCAAUUAGAAUGCUGUGUGCAGAUAAGGGCCCACAAUUCUAAAAAAAAGAUAUCAAAAUCAGAGAGAAUUCACAAUGUGACUUCACCAAGAUGAUGUCAGAAAUGGGAAACGAUAGCAUGAGAUACUGUGAUUAUUCCCAAUGGAGCAGAAAAAACCAAGGCAAGAAUUCAUGGAGGCUUUUCAAAUGCUUAAACAUUUCAACAAAGUGAAGAAGGAAUGAUUAUUUCUUCUAGAAGCUGAGUCUGUGGCAAGGGUCCAUUAAUUUGGAAUAGUCAUUAAGAGAUGAAGGAGAGGAGUUGGAAGAAAUUUGGUCUAUUUAAUUCUUUGCCAUAGAAAAUCUUUGAGGUGAAGAACAUUUCACUUUUUAGAGGCAAGUUGGACGACUAUUUGGAGUAGAGGAGGGUACAGGGCUCCUGGUGAGAAUAGGGGAGCGUGGCUAGUUUUGGAUUACCUUAGCCAUGAGCCAGCAAAGACACGAUGGACUAAAUAGCCUCUUUUUGUGUAAAUUUUUAUGGUAACAGUAGGACAUGCAUUUUAUAUUUCACUGGGAGACGUAUAAUACUUUAUGUCAAUUCUAUUGUUGUUAUUACUGCAUUGUGGUCAGCUGAUUCAUUUGUUCUCUGCUGUUUUUACAUUAAACCAUUGCAGCUAA